AUGAGGAGGAGAAGCAGAAAGAGGAAAAGCAGCAAAAAGAGGAGCAGCAGCAUAAGGAGAAGCAGCAGGAGGAACAGCAAAAAGAGGAGGAGCAGCAGGAAAAGGAGCUGCAGGAAGAAGAGGAGCAGCAAGAAGAGGUGCAAGAGGAGGAGCAGAAAGAGGAGGAGCAGCAAGAGGAGACAAGAGGAGGAGGAGCAGCAACAAGAGAAGCAGCAAAAGGAGGAGCAGCAAAAAGAGGAGCAACAAGAGAAGGAACCGCAAAGUACAUAUUUACAAAAAGCAGAAAAUGCAUCAAGGAGAUUAGUUUUCAUAUUAAUAACAUUUGCAUCCAAAUUUUACUCAUUUUGA